AUGUUUCACACAUUUUCAAGCCAGACUGGAGAUGAUCCUUUGCCGCCAGGUGCCGAGCCGGAACCCCCUGUGCGAAAAGUCAACAGCGCUCUAGACAAGGCCACGGAAACGCUUCGACGUCAAGCCGGUGUUCUACAACUACUAUUUCCCAAUCACAGGCUUGAUGAAUUGGUCGACAAGGAUCGAGCUGAUCUCAUCCAGCUUAUUUCGCCAAAACCAACACGGGACCACGUCAACGAAGAGAGAACGCUACAAUCACCUGACCCACUGCCCACGACUGGGUCAUCUGGGCUAUCAGGGGACAUUGAAGAUGUACCAAGCUCGCCCGAGGAUUUGAGCAUAGGUGAAUCAGGCGAGGAGGAGAGGCGCUGGCAUGAGUCGGCUCAGGAUCCCGCGACCAUCGCAGCCAGCGAUGACAUCAACGCCCUCAGCCUGGCUGGUGACCAACAUCGCCGCUCAUAUCUAGGAAUUACAUCUGUGAGCGCAGUGCUGAAAUCUUUGUUUCGACUUUGUCCAACUGCGAAGGAUCUUGCUGUCGAACAGUCCCAGACCUGGCCUGGCGUUUCGGAAGAUGAGACUCGACCGCUCGUGCUAAACCGUACGCCUGGUUCUCUUGCGGCGCCCGAUUCUCUGCGUGAGCAACGCUAUCUUGGCUUCUACUUUGAGCACAUUCAUGCCAUUACACCCUUAAUCGACGAGGACUCGUUUAGGAGCACUUUCACUACUGGCGGUGGGCAAAGCCCGGCGUGGCUUGGUCUCUGCAACAUGGUCCUUACACUAGGCUCCAUUGCUUCGGGAAGCGACACUGCCCAUAUCCACUACUACCACCGGGCUCGCUCGUACCUCGAUCUCGACUCACUUGGUUCAGGGAACCUGGAGAGCCUACAGGCGCUGUGCCUACUUGGCGGAUACUACCUCCAUUAUCGCAACUCGCCUAACAUGGCGUAUGCAAUCUUGGGCGCUGCACAGCGCUUAGCCAUCGCCCUGGGUUUGCACAGAGAGUCUCCGAUCCGUGCUGACCACAAAGACUCCGAAGCAGGCCAACGUUAUGUGGCUCGGAUCGAGACUCGAAGGCGGACAUGGUGGAGCCUUUACUGUCUCGAUACGUGGGCCAGCAUGACCUUGGGUCGCCCAACCUGUGGACGAUGGGACACCAAUACCAUGAACACAUUGCCACCUACGCUUCUGGGGCCCGAUGAUCACUGUGCGGUAUCCCUCAGAGAGAGCUCACGGAUGUGCCAUAUCUGCAAUCGUCUUCAAGACCGAUUUGCCCAGUCUACGCGAAUCGAUACUCACGAAGCAAGGGCCUUGGAUUCUGAACUACAGAGCUGGUACGACUCGCUACCCGCCAUACUCAAGGACACAACCGAUGCCCCUCCUCGCAUCACCGUCGCACGCGAGUUCUUGCGUAACAGAUAUUAUAGUGUUCGCAUGAUCCUAUCUCGAUGCUUUCUUUUGUAUCGCGCCCACGAAGAUAUAAAAAGGCACACUCCUAACCCGGCAGAGAGCCAAAUGAUCGACCUGUGCAGAGCUGUUGCAGCAGAAGCCAUCGAUGCUAUUGCACUUCAUUGGGUCCCGAACCGAAUCCAAGUCUGGAACUCGGCUUGGUACCUGUUUCAGGCAUGCUUAGUUCCCCUCCUCUCCAUCGCUAUGGAGACAUCAUCCAACUCUUCAGACUCUGAGCCGGAAACCGUCAUGGCCUGGCGCACGAUGUUGAACAAAGCCUUGGAAGUUUUCGUGGACAUGAAGCCGUGGAUGCGGGCUUCUGACCGUACUCCAGAUAUCGUGGCUGUCCUAUUCCAGGCUGUGUCACAGGGCGCCGAGGGAAUCAUUCGCACGCCAUCGGUGACUGACGCAGGGGCACAUGUAUUUGGAUGGGCUGAUGAACAGUGGACAGAGAUGGAUUGGAGUUUGUUUCUUGGCGACGAAGAUAUUUCUCACAAUCUGUUUUCUUUUACAUAA